CAGUCUGGUCUACAAGACCUAGUUCCAGGAUAGGCUCCAAAGCUACAGAGAAACCCUGUCUUGAAAAUAAAACAACAAGAAAGAUCGGUGUGGUUGUGCACAACUCUCACGUCAGCACUUGAGAAAAGACGCCAGCAUGCAGAUCUUUGUGAAGACCCUGACGGGCAAGACCAUUACUCUUGAGGUCGAGCCCAGUGACACCAUAGAGAAUGUCAAGGCCAAGAUCCAAGACAAGGAAGGCAUCCCACCUGACCAGCAGAGGCUUAUAUUUGCCGGCAAGCAGCUGGAGGAUGGCCGGACCCUGUCUGACUACAACAUUCAGAAAGAGUCCACUUUGCACCUGGUCCUUCGUCUGCGUGGUGGCAUCAUCGAGCCGUCCCUUCGUCAGCUUGCCCAGAAGUACAACUGUGACAAGAUGAUCUGCCGCAAGUGCUAUGCACGCCUGCACCCCCGUGCAGUCAACUGCCGCAAGAAGAAGUGCGGCCACACCAACAACCUGCGCCCCAAAAAGAAGGUCAAAUAAAGCUGGGGCCAUAACUGGCCCAUGACCCUGGGACCAAAUAAAGUCCCCUUCCAUCGACUGGAGCAGUAA